AUGUUGAGUUUUGAGGAAUCUUUGAAUCUAGCGAAGACCUUUUCCCCGAACUUGAGCGAGGCGAGAGGCCGGCGGGCCCCAGCUCUCCGCCAUGGACUCCCGCAUUCCUCUAACUUCAUUCAUUUUAUCCGAGCCACCUCCUCGUCUCCCAGAAGCUGCUGCCUCCAGGCUGAUCGAGGAGGGAGCGGGAGAGCCCGAGCUUUGGAUAGAUCACAGUCCAAGAGAGAUGGAGGUUUUAAAAGUAAUUGGAGCUUUGAUCAUGCAGAAGAAAGUGAAGGAGAUGCAGAGAAAGAAUAUUCGGAGAGUAGAACCUGCAAAUUUAAAAGCGAGGCAAAUCUGCUCAGUUUAGAUGACAGUGAUGGGUCUUUCAGUCCCAAUGAAGAAAAAAAGUCAAUUCGUUGUCGACCUGGAACUCUUGGCACCAGCAGCGAUGCCAUAAAAGCAUAUACAAGGCGAGGCAAAGCUGGAGGUUUCAAACUUUUAAAAGGGAACGCAAUCGGCCUCAACAUGAUGGGAAAUAGCAAGAAACUGAGUGAAAAUGCUCAGAAUAUAUCAGGUCCUGUGACUGUGGUACAUGGCAGACGUUUUCACCACGCACACGCACAGACAACUGUAGUAAAAACAGCAGCCCAAAGCAAUCUGGACCGAAAGGAAAGAAAAGAAUACCCACCUCAGCUUCAGAAAGUGGAGGCAGACCACAUUAGAUUACCACGGUCUCAAGGAGUGGACAGUGUAAUGGAGAAUACAGAUGACUCUGAAUCAGAAUCUGACAUUAAGAGAAAGGUGCGACAGAAAGGUCAUUGCAAUUCUUAUCAAUCUGACUUGAGUCUUUCUUCUGCUCCAAAAAAAUGCUUAACUCAGUCAAAGCUUUCGGAACAGAUUGAUUAUUCUACUGAAUGCCCAAAUUGUGGGAGGGCAAAUGAAAAUCAGACCAAAUGCCGACAUUGUGAAAGUGCUUCUCUAAAGGAUUUGCAAAGAGUCUCCAGACAAACUGUGACAUUAAGUGAAUCUGUGGGACCUUUAUCACGUUCUUCAAUACAUCAGAAUUCAGCAGGGCAAAAAUCUUCAGGUACAGGGUUCAGCACAAAGAAGUUUUACAGUUCUGCUGUUGGAAAAGGUCCAGCGGAUAUUCUGCUGAGUAAUGAAGUAGUAGGACAUUCUAUGUUACGACAGAAUGGAAAAGUUGGUCUUUUAACUGGGACAAAAAAUCCUAAAAUUACAGGAAGCUUAAGACAGAGGGGUACAAGACCAUCUGAACUAAACGAUCCAAUUGUUUUGUCUAGUGGUGAGGAAGAGGAGGAGGAGAAUAGUAGCAGCACUAGGAGCAUGGAAAGUGUUUCACCUCGUCCUGCAGAUUCAGCCUGUUCCUCCCCAGCUCCUUCUACAGGAAAGGUGGAAGCAGCAUUAAAGGAAAACAAUUGUGAAAUAGAACAGAGAAUAGUUGUUUUAUCUAGUGAUGAUGAUGAGGACGAGAAUAGUGGCAGCACUAGGAGCAUGGAAAGCAUUUCACCUCGUCCUGCAGAUUCAGCCCGCUCCUCCCCAGCUCCUUCUACAGGAAAGGUGGAAGCAGCAUUAAAGGAGAACAGUUGUGGAAUAGAACAGAGAAUAGGUAGUAUAACAACAGAUACAGAAAUUGCAGUCACACUACCAAGAAAAGCAAGAAUGAAAGAUCAGUUUGGGAACAUUGUGUCUAACACUCCAAUAAAACGUCGCAAAGUUAUUUCUCAAGAGAUGAUAACCGAGGCUGUACCUCUAAAUUAUCAAAGUUCCUGUGAAAGUGUCAUUCUGAACUGCCGAAGUAUACGAAUAGGAAUGCUGCGCAGAAUGGUAGUGGAACCUGUGAUUUUUUGCCUGGAUUAUAUCAAAAUACGCCUAGAGAGCCAAGAAGAAUCAGAAAGUGAUAUCAGAGAGAUUAACCUGAAAACUUCAGAGCUUACUAAAUGUGAAUGGUGUAGUGUCCGAAAAUUGCCAGUAGUUUUCCUACAAACAGUACCUUCAACCUGUAGCAGUCUGAGAGAGCAACUGAAAAUGAGUAAAGACAAUGUCUGGUACGAAUGUAAAGGAGACAGUCAGGAAGAACAAUACAUAAUUUUGAUUUUUGAAACUGGUCUUGAUCCUCAUGCAAAUUCAAUAUUUGAAAAAAUAAUUAUGGACAUUGGUAUUAGAAAUAAUAUUUCUGACUUCUUUGUGAAAAUUUCCUUUGAAGAAGCCAAUGCCAGGCUUGUUGCAUUUACUAAGUGCUUGGAGGACAAUUCCAAAGGAAGCCCAUCUCACAGAGAAAGCAAACUAAAAAAUGUUGCUUCUGAGUCCAAAAUGCAGCAGCGAAAUAAACAGUUACCAUUUUUUGAUGAUGAUGAAGAAAUUGGCGAACCACAUACAGUAUUUAUUGGUCCUAUAGAAAAGUUGAUAGUUUAUCCACCUUCUCCAGCUAAAGGUGGUAUUUCUGUGACCAACGAAGACCUCCAUUGUCUAAAUGAAGGAGAAUUUUUAAAUGAUGUUAUUAUUGAUUUUUAUUUAAAGUAUUUGGUACUUGAAAAGCUGAAAAAAGAAGAUGCUGAUAGAAUACAUGUGUUCAGUUCAUUCUUCUAUAAACGCCUUAAUCAAAGAGAAAGAAGAAAUAUUCAUGAAACUUCAAACCUUUCAAUACAACAAAAGCGACAUGGGCGAGUAAAAACGUGGACACGGCAUGUUGAUAUUUUUGAGAAAGAUUUCAUUUUUGUUCCCCUUAAUGAAGCUGCCCACUGGUUUUUGGCUGUUAUCUGUUUUCCUGGUUUAGAAAAACCCAAAUAUGAACCAAAUCCCCAUUAUCUUGAAAAUGCUGCAAUGCCGAUGAAAUCUUCCUCUUCAGAUGGAGAGAGCAGCACACCAUCUCCUUUGCCAAAUGAAUUAGAUGCACAAAACUCGCCUUCCAAGUCCACAGCAAAGAAGACAUUUACCAAAAAGUACAGUACAGCUUUAAUUGACCCAAACACUGAAACAGAGGACAGCGAAUCUUCAUGUUGUAGAAGAAGUCCUUGUAGGGGAAAAAGUGCUUUCAAAAAACUGAAUCAAAUAGACAGUGACGUGGAAGAACCCAACACUGUGGAAUUGGCAUGCCAUAAACUAGACCAUAGAACUCUGGAUGAAAAUGGUAUACAGGGUGAAUUCACAGCUGCUAGCCAGUCUAUGGAUGGAUUGCACAAAAUCAGAGUAAACUAUAGUGAAGACUCAGCUGAUGGCAGUAAACUAAAUGAAGAUGAGCUUAUAGAUUUUUCUGAAGACCAAGAUAACCAGGAAGACAGUAGUGAUGAUGGUGGCCUUGUAGAUGAUAACUGUAAUUCAGAAAUGGGACAGUGGUACCUGAAGCCAACUAUCUGCAAACAGCCCUGCAUUUUGCUUAUGGACUCACUGAGAGGCCCUUCCCGGUCAAAUGUUGUGAAAACACUAAGGGAAUAUUUAGAGGUGGAAUGGGAAGUCAGGAAAGGCAGCAAAAGAAGCUUUUCCAAAGAUGUCAUGAAAGGUUCCAACCCAAAAGUGCCACAGCAGAACAACUUCAGUGAUUGUGGAGUGUACAUCUUGCAGUAUGUGGAGAGCUUUUUUGAGAAUCCCAUUUUGAGUUUUGAACUACCAAUGAACUUAACAGACUGGUUUCCACGCCCAAGAAUGAAAACCAAAAGAGAAGAAAUACGACAAAUAAUCCUGACGCUCCAAGAACAGCAGAACAAGGACAAGAAGGGACAGAAAGACCCAAAUUCAAUUUUGCAGGAAAAGACAGAACAACUUACCAACAACAGCUCAGACUGAAUGUUGUAUCUGUUGCAUGUUAGCUCCACAAUCAAAACUGAAACCUACAUUUUUGUCUGCCCAGACUAAAGAUUUGGCGUGUUCUCUGCUCAAAGUUACUUGGGAAUGUUUAAUGCCUGUAUAAAUGUGUGUCAUAAAAUGGUUUAAUUCCCACAAAGAUGUGUAUUAAGUGAGUCUGUACAUAUGUUAAUGAGGCCAACUUUUUCAGCAUUUGUAAUUACUUUUUUUCCACUUGAUAGGGAGCUUUGGUUAUGUAUUUCUGUUAAUAGAACUUAAAUAGCAACUUCUAAACAUAAAGGAAAUAAAGAAAAUAUAGGUUGAAAUGGUUACCUUUUUCUCUUUCAGUUAAGUUUUAAUGUUACAUGCUUAAGUAACACAUAGGGAAUGAUUUGGUAGUGAGAUAAUUAAUUCAUAUUUUGCCCCUAUUUAGUUUCCCUUACAAGAUUAUUCAGCUUGCGCUACAAACAAUAAUAUGGGUAAGUGUCUCAAUGUACCAUGGCCUCUGAGAGGGUGAUUCCCAUCCUCCCAGUAUCUAAGUGUAGGCAGUGUCAUAGUUCAUAGGACCGCUUCAGAUUUGGGGGUUUAGAAGAUAUGCAUUGCAAUUACAAUUCCACCCUUGCUUUAGUGGGACAGGCUAGGGAAAGAGGGAGAGUGCUCUUUGACCAGAGGUAACUCUUCAAAUAGUAUUAUAAAAGUGGUUUCAAUUAAGUGAUCUUGAGUGACUCUAUUAAAUCAUAUUUUGUGGAUCCCAAUUGUUGUACAGGUGUAUUUUGAGACUUUCUUCAUUAUAAAAUUGUAUUUUGGUAAGUGUACUUGGAAUAGCAGAUUGCCCACAUAACAUUUUCUAUGUUACAAUUCUGAAUGUUACAUUCAUAUGUGCUUUAUCUAAGUAAUGAACAUUUAAAAAGAAAAAAAGUGUAUGAUUACUAUUUUUUCUAAUAUCCAUGCAAAAAACCAAAAUACCAGUGUUCAUUGCUUGCUUGUUUGUUCUUGGCUUUAGGUAGCAUCAGACUAAUGUAGGGACUUGCUUGGAUAUUUCCAGUGUGUUUUGAUUUUACAACAAUCUAAAAUGUCAUUGUUGCUUAAACUGCAAAUGUAGCCUUUUAUCCCUCUUCUAGAAAGGCUUUGGCAUUGAAAUGAGGAAAGUAAGAAAAGAUUUGUACAAGGAUAUAUAUCUCCAUUUUUCUACUAAUGCAGAUAUCUUUGAAGGGAACCAGAAAGUGCCACUUCCCAGGAAGGAAUUUGUGGGAGUAGAGCAGGAUCUUCUGUCUCUCCUUGCAGAUAGUAUUUUCUCUCCUGAUUUUUCUACUGGGAGUGUCAUUUACCAUUCCCUUCUCCCAAAGAGAAGCAGCAGAGAGUUCAUUAGCUGAACUCUGGGCCCCUUGAGAUUUUAUUUUUGUACACAACAUCAAGUCUAGCCCAGUGCUUCAUGGCCUCCAUGAGUUUUGAUUCUCACUAAACCCUGAAAAUACAGCUGCUAAUGACAUUACUUCCAGGGCAUUCCUGCACAGAGGACUCUCUGUGACACCCUUCGAUUACCGGGGGGUUCUCUCACCAAGGCAGAGUGGUUGUACAUAGAGCAAUACAACUGUGGGCUGCUAAUCUUUUGUACAGAUAACCUGUGGGAUUUUGGGGGAGUUGGACAUUCCCUGCUUUCUCUCGCAUAAACCCUGGGCCCCAUGGAGAAUAUGUAAGCACCACAUAUAUGUGUUCUGUUAGAGAUGACUCCUGCAGUUUUCUUGUUGAAAGAAUGUGGGGGCAUUUUCCUGGACUAUAAAUUAAAUACUUAAUGUGCA